AUUUCCCAGCUCCACUCGGAGCAUCAAAACUGGACUGAAUUCGUCAGAAUCGUACCAUUUGCCCCGGAGAUAUUCGAAUUUUGGAGAGUUAAUUGUUCCCAAUUCCGUCCCUCAUCAGUUCUCCUCCAAAAUUUUCCCAAUAAAAAAAUACUCAAACGCUUACCAUCGUGGGUAACCCAAUUCGGCUUGACCAGUUUCAUAUUUUGUCACUUAACACACCACAAAAUCACAAAAAAACCCGUCUCAUACCGUCCAAAGCACACACAUCAAUCUACCUACACAGAUCAGUGGACAAUCUAAAUAACACUAUGCAAAUAUAUCUCAUGUAAAAAAUUAUGAUCCAAUUGUUUAAAUGACGUUCAUAACCUCUACUAUGUAAACUGAACAUUCAUGCCGGACUUUCAACGACGCACCAUGGUGGCACUAUUUGGGAGAUGGCGCUGAAAAUAGCGAAAUUAAAACCCUCUGAUCAACAAUCGAGUGUUUAACUCUCACCCAGCAACAAAUGAGUGAUAGAUAACCAAAAUCUUCGUUCAGAAACUCGAAAAAAGCUCCUGAGAAUGUGAAUCAAUUUUUCCCCCUGGAUUUCGCGAGUCAACAGAGCCUUGGAGGUUGAACAACCCUCGAGAGAGAUGUUGCACGAGCUGCUGUUGUCCCUCUGGGGAUGCUCGACGAGUCUGGAAAAAAUUGUCGAGACUGACUCAGUCCUCCUGGACAAGUACUUCCACCCAGGUGAGCGAGGCCUGAUAAAAAAUAUUCUCCACAUCUCGUCGCACUACAAAACAAUUCAGACCUUCAUAAAAACCUACUCCUCAACAAACGACCUGGAGAACGCCAAUGAAACCGAGGCCCUCCCCCAGGGUGUCUACCUCCAGGCGUUCUGCGACGGUCUCGACAAGUCCCUGGAGCCCUUUCGCGACGAAAUCGUCGACCUGGAGAGAACCAUCCUCCACAAUGCCCACACCCCCGCCACGACAAUCCUCUCGAGGGUGGAGAACUUCGAGUACCUCUUCGUCCUCCUCAACUCGAUAAUACGCCAGAUAAAGACCCAGAGGACCCAUGGGACGUGCUUACUCCAGUGCAUCCACGAGCACAUGCACACGGGCAUUCCCGAGGUGAAGACCGCCCUUCAGAAGAUUCUGCACUGCGUCCAUGCGGUAUUCUACAAGCAGCUGACGAGUUGGCUACUGUAUGGCCAGCUCGAGGAUGUCCACAAUGAGUUCUUCAUCAGGAGAACGAAGAACACCCACGAGAGCCUCCUGCUGGCGGACAGCAAGAACAGCUCAGGCCAGAGGACCAAGAAGUGCGAUGACAUGUGGAAUUAUGAUAUUGCGGUGGAGAUGCUGCCUUCCUACAUCACUCCGUCACUCGGCAACAAGAUAUUGAGCAUUGGGCAGACGAUUAUCAUCUUUGGGAAUGAUCCUAGACAGGACAAAGACUACAAAAUGAAAGCCGAAAUCACUAAAAAUCCGGUCUGGGGUGAGAAGGAGCACGAGUACUUCGGAAAGCUCCAGAAUCUCCAGAUGAAGCCUGUCUUCAACGUGAUAGAGUUCGAGCGAACGAUAGACGAGCUGAAGAAGUGCGUCACGAGGCUUCUGUGGCAGGUGGCAGUGGACGAUGCUCAGUUGCUCCAGCAGAUAAAAUUGAUCAAGGACUUCUACCUCAUCGGUAGGGGAGAUCUCUUCCUGGACUUUAUAAAACUGACUUCGCACAUUCUCAGUAAGCCUCCGACGAGCCACACCUCGAGGGACAUCAAUUUGGCCUUCCAGAUGACGAUGAGGCGAGUCAUGUUGCAUGAUGAGAGUGCAGUCGAUAGCUUCAACUUCAUGCUGCCAUCGCCUAAAGCUGAGGGAAGUGGAGGUCAAGGGAGUGGACAGGGCCAGCAGAAGGACAGAGAGGAUCCCAUUGAUAAAUUGGGGUGGGGCAUGAUAGUCCUUCAGUACCGAGUGGUCUGGCCUCUGCAGCUUCUCUUCAGCCCCAAAGCCCUCAACAACUACAACACAAUCUUCAGGUUCCUUCUGAGGGUUAAGAAGACACAGAUCAAUCUGUGGGGUCUGUGGACCGAGCACACACGCACCAAGAACAUCGACAUUGGAGUCCUCCAGUUUCGAAACAACCUCAUCUUCAUUCUGGAUAAUCUGCAGUAUUACCUUCAGGUGGACGUCCUGGAGAGCCAGUACACGGUUAUGGAGAACUGCAUGAAGAGUACUGAGAAUUUUGAGGAUGUGCAGAGGGCACAUUCGGUUUUUCUGGCGAAUAUCAUGUCUCAGACGUUCUUGUUGGGGAAUACUGAGGAGCACAGCAAUCCAGUAAAUGGUCUUCUUCGUCUUCUCCUUCGUCUCUGCGACGACUUCAUUCUCCAGGCCUCGAUGUGGGAGGUGACAAACCUCCUCAGUACGGAAAAAGAGGAGCUUAAAAUGCUGACAGACACAUUAUCAAGCCUCAUGAACGUUCUCAUUCAGACCCUGAACAAAGUUCGAGCCCAGCCAAGUGGAAAGCAUCUCGCUCAACUACUCCUUCGCCUGGACUUCAAUCGCUGGUUCAGCCAACAAAUCCAAUAAUUCAAUCAUGAAAACCUUAAAAUACAGUAUUUACUGUGGAAAUUGUUUAACAAGUGCUAUAAAACGUAUUAAAUACUCCAUUGACGAUCAGAAAGCACUCAAUACUCAAUGGAUUGAAUGUAAUUAGUUUCGUUGGUUAAUAAAUAGGAGGAGGAUUCUUUCAAUUGAUCAA